GUCUGGGAAGGUACCACUGCUCACCCUAUGCCAGCCUCAUAUGUUUUGCCAAUCCAAACUUGUGUUUGGUUUUCUGUUCUUCCCAGAAUAGUUAUAACGAAUAAGUCGUACACUGAGGGCUGGAUCGAUGUUUAAACUUGUCGGUCGUACCUUCGUAUCGUUUCUAUCUUUAUCCCCCACAUAAACUCUAUUUCCUGUUGAUUCACGUGCGCGCAAACAAAACCAAAGUUUUGACUAGAUCCUUAGAAUCCUGGUUAUGCUAAUUCUUUCACCCAAGACUUUCGCUUAAACCUGAUUUCUUUUUACCCUAAACAGCCGCACUGAAGUCCAGCGGUGGUCAGCCUGUUUGAGUCUGCGCGUCAUCGUCAGCUUGCCCUUUUCUUUACCGUGAUUUAGCGCCCUCUAAUGUUUUCUGAGCCAGGUGCCGGAGCGGGGAAAGGUGGUGGCGCCGGUGGUCCUGUUCGCGAAGCGGGUGGAGCGCUUGGAAAACGCGGAGCUGCACUUGAGGAUGAAUACUUUCGUCGCCAGGAUGCUGAACAACUGAAGGCGAUGCGUGAGAAAAUGGAACAGAAACCGGCGGGUUCAGAGAGUAAACCGCCAGAAAGGUAACAUUUUUGAGCCGGCGAUCUGAGUGAUCAAUUAGAAAAUUCGCUUUCCACCAUUUCGUUCUCUCACACUGAAAUCCAUGAUUCAUAUUGUGAUUAUUUUUCUUACCUUUUCUUCCAAUCGAAUUUGGUUUACGUCUGUUUCCGUUAAAAUUUGAGGUUCUGCUGAACCGAAAAAAAGUAAACUGUUUUCUACCACAA